GCACGACCCGGACGCUCACGUGACGCUUCCUUUUGUUUACUCGCCACGAUGCUGAUGUUUGAAUACUUCCCGGGUUAAUCCAGGCACGUGGCUUCACAUUUAUUGUUGUUUUAGCGCCGGCAGAUAGCUGCUAACAAGAUGUCGGAAGAGGUUCAUUCUCCACCGUGCGUCCACUCAGAUACCUUCCCAGGGCCCGAUCUGUCCGGGCAGCCACGCCACACCGUGCCGGAAAACUCCCCACCUGACCAUGCGAAGCAAAUAACAAGAGGUCUGAUGCCCUCUGUGGAGCAGCAGACUGGACAGGAUACAGACAGUGAUUCGGGGGACAGCUUGUUCAUCACUCAGAAAUGUGUACCUGAACGACAUAGGCGCUCCAACCAGAGAUCAACGUUCAGGACCCAGAGAGAUGCACCAGAACAUGAAUAUGACACAUCCACAUCUGAGGAGGAACACAGAGCAGGCAGAAAGCCGAGGCGGAAAGCUACAAAGCACCAAAGGUUCACCUUUCCUUUCCUCAAGAAGAGGCUGAUGAAGUUACCUUUUUAUAAGGACAGAAAACUGCACUAUUAUGCAAUGGCUGGCUAUUUCAGAUGUACCAAGGAUCUCUGGGAGAGCUAUGAAACAGGAGAAGAUCUGGAGGCAUCUCUACCAACUGUGGACAUGGAUGGAGAGUCCAUAUCUCCAAUGUCAGAAGAAGAAGAUAAAACCAUAGACGAUGAAGACAUCAAAGUGGUGGAAAAGAAACUUUUUGUGGCAGCGAAAGCAAAGAAUUCCCAACCUUGGUUCAAUCCCAGAAAGGAAACACAACAAACCCAAGAACACAUCGAUGCUGGAUACGUGUCACACAGAGGACAGGGAAAGAUGAAAUGCAAAAUAUCGAUGUGCACACCCUUGUCGAAGGGCAUGUCUUUUUCGAAAGCAAAGGAGUCCAAUGAAGUCUCGGGAGAGUCGGAGUCGGGCAAUAAAUGUGUGACAAAGGCUGGAAACCUCCCUGCUGAAACUGAAACAGGAAAGACAAACAGAUCUCCAAGAAAAGGAAGCCGAGAGAGUGAUUUUAUUCCAAAAGACAAUGGAAAGAUGGUCGGUAACGACAGCAAUGCUACAUAUGGCGUGCUGAGUGCAGAGCAAUGCAACAGAGAAGCAACAGAGCCUCACACAACGGAAGAUGAACAAACCUGUUUAGUAGAUCAUGAUAUAGAGUGUAACAGAAUCAAGGUAAAGAAGGGAAAAAGGAAGAUGAAGGAGAGAGGAGGUGAUAAAUGUGUAGAAGAAGGAAAGAAUCACAGUCUAGAGCAAGUUGAGGGUCAGUGGGCUGAUCCCUCUACGAGCGUGAAUAUCACUGAGGAAGAGGAGGCUCCUUGUAUAGAGAAGAAACAUGAAAACGAAGAUCUGAGACAGGAGGUGGAUGGACAAUCAGACAAGUGGAAGGGGGAGGAUUCGGUUGUAAUGUGUGAAACUGGGAUUGGUGGCAAGGAGAGGAGGAAAAAGAAGGAAGGAAACAUUGAUACAGUCUCUUUAAAGACCAGCAAAGCUGCCGAGCCUACAACCGAUGAUGGACACGUCCCAAAGAAAAGGAAAAAAAAGAAAAAAGACCCGGAUGGCUCAUCAGAUCUGCAUCAAACACCACCAGAACACCUAGAGGCACUAGAUCAUUUUGAGAAUGGUAAAGCUUCUCAGGAAUCAAUGGAAUCUAGUGGCUCCAAAAGAAAAAAGCUCAAAAAGAAGAAAAACCAUUCACUUUCUAAUGACAAUCAUACAGAUGUGGACUUAUCAAACGAUGCUGCGACCGUGGUUGAAAAUACCAACUUUAUUCUUAAAAAGAAAACAAAAACUGUGUCUGUGCUGGUACCACUUCCUGCAGAGGAUGAAAGUGUAGACGGUACUCUGAAAGAGAAGCAAGAUGUUGAGCUGGAAUCCAGGAAGAAGAAAAAAAAGGUCAGAUGCAAUGUCAGCAUCAAUAACUCAAAGGACACAUUGGCAUUCAGUGAUUAUUUGGAGCUUGUGUGCAAAAAGCAAAAGAAAACGGUCCCUUCCUUCCUUUCUGCUGAUAAUGAGGAAAAAAUUGGUCAGAACCAUGAGGAACAGUGCCCUUCUGUGCAGUCUGCAUCUGCUUAUAAUGGGCGUGUUAAAAAGCCUGAGGUCAACACCGGUGAUUUAGGUGCCGAAUCAGCAGAUGUUUACAACCAUUUGAAAGAAUCAAAACGUGGCAAGAAGAAAAAGAAGAGAUCAGCAGCUGUCCCAGAGAGUGAGGAAAGACAGCCAGAGGAAACAUCUGAAGCAACGGUCAAGAAAAAAACGAAGCGUAGGAAAACUGAAAGCCACAUGGGACGUUCGGAGAGUAUUGCUGAUGCUGGGCAUUCUCAAACCGAAGAAGUGGCGAUUGUGAGGAAGAAGAAACGUAACAAAGACACACACAAGGUACCGCCAGCUGCCACUGAGCAGGUUGAAUCACAAAAAUCUGUAUUUAACGCCAGUGGUUUACUUUCAACCAAUCAAAAGCUGAUAAUGGAGCGAGAGGCCAAACACAGGCGCAGCCCUGAAACAUCUUGUAGUAGCAGCUUAUCUACUGAGCAUCAGGCCACAGGAACUCUGACUGAAGAUGCUUCCGAUUCUCAUGAUGUAAAAAAGAGAAUAAAGAAGAGAUCAGCAGCGGUCCCAGAGAGUGAGGAAAGACAGCCAGAGGAAACAUCUGAAGCAACGGUCAAGAAAAAAACGAAGCAUAGGAAAACUGAAAGCCACAUGGGACGUUCGGAGAGUAUUGCUGAUGCUGGGCAUUCUCAAACCGAAGAAGUGGCGAUUGUGAGGAAGAAGAAACGUAACAAAGACACACACAAGGUACCGCCAGCUGCCACUGAGCAGGUUGAAUCACAAAAAUUUGUAUUUAACGCCAGUGGUUUACUUUCAACCAAUCAAAAGCUGAUAAUGGAGCGAGAGGCCAAACACAGGCGCAGCCCUGAAACAUCUUGUAGUAGCAGCUUAUCUACUGAGCAUCAGGCCACAGGAACUCUGACUGAAGAUGCUUCCGAUUCUCAUGAUGUAAAAAAGAGAAUAAAGAAGAGAUCAGCAGCUGUCCCAGAAAGUGAGGAAAGACAGCCAGAGGAAACAUCUGAAGCAACGGUCAAGAAAAAAACGAAGCAUAGGAAAACUGAAAGCCACAUGGGACGUUCGGAGAGUAUUGCUGAUGCUGGGCAUUCUCAAACCGAAGAAGUGGCGAUUGUGAGGAAGAAGAAACGUAACAAAGACACACACAAGGUACCGCCAGCUGCCACUGAGCAGGUUGAAUCACAAAAAUCUGUAUUUAACGCCAGUGGUUUACUUUCAACCAAUCAAAAGCUGAUAAUGGAGCGAGAGGCCAAACACAGGCGCAGCCCUGAAACAUCUUGUAGUAGCAGCUUAUCUACUGAGCAUCAGGCCACAGGAACUCUGACUGAAGAUGCUUCCGAUUCUCAUGAUGUAAAAAAGAGAAUAAAGAAGAGAUCAGCAGCUGUCCCAGAGAGUGAGGAAAGACAGCCAGAGGAAACAUCUGAAGCAACGGUCAAGAAAAAAACGAAGCAUAGGAAAACUGAAAGCCACAUGGGACGUUCGGAGAGUAUUGCUGAUGCUGGGCAUUCUCAAACCGAAGAAGUGGCGAUUGUGAGGAAGAAGAAACGUAACAAAGACACACACAAGGUACCGCCAGCUGCCACUGAGCAGGUUGAAUCACAAAAAUCUGUAUUUAACGCCAGUGGUUUACUUUCAACCAAUCAAAAGCUGAUAAUGGAGCGAGAGGCCAAACACAGGCGCAGCCCUGAAACAUCUUGUAGUAGCAGCUUAUCUACUGAGCAUCAGGCCACAGGAACUCUGACUGAAGAUGCUUCCGAUUCUCAUGAUGUAAAAAAGAGAAUAAAGAAGAGAUCAGCAGCUGUCCCAGAGAGUGAGGAAAGACAGCCAGAGGAAACAUCUGAAGCAACGGUCAAGAAAAAAACGAAGCGUAGGAAAACUGAAAGCCACAUGGGACGUUCGGAGAGUAUUGCUGAUGCUGGGCAUUCUCAAACCGAAGAAGUGGCGAUUGUGAGGAAGAAGAAACGUAACAAAGACACACACAAGGUACCGCCAGCUGCCACUGAGCAGGUUGAAUCACAAAAAUCUGUAUUUAACGCCAGUGGUUUACUUUCAACCAAUCAAAAGCUGAUAAUGGAGCGAGAGGCCAAACACAGGCGCAGCCCUGAAACAUCUUGUAGUAGCAGCUUAUCUACUGAGCAUCAGGCCACAGGAACUCUGACUGAAGAUGCUUCCGAUUCUCAUGAUGUAAAAAAGAGAAUAAAGAAGAGAUCAGCAGCUGUCCCAGAGAGUGAGGAAAGACAGCCAGAGGAAACAUCUGAAGCAACGGUCAAGAAAAAAACGAAGCGUAGGAAAACUGAAAGCCACAUGGGACGUUCGGAGAGUAUUGCUGAUGCUGGGCAUUCUCAAACCGAAGAAGUGGCGAUUGUGAGGAAGAAGAAACGUAACAAAGACACACACAAGUGGUUUACUUUCAACCAAUCAAAAGCUGAUAAUGGAGCGAGAGGCCAAACACAGGCGCAGCCCUGA